ACACUCUCUCACAUGCACUGACACUUGCACACGCACACUCCUGCAGGUGCACAGACACUGUCCACAUGCAUACUCUUGCACACACAUAGAUACUUGUACAUACAUGCACAGUCCCAUAAACAGUCACACACAGCUCUCUCUCUCUCGCGCACACACACAAACACAGACUCAUCACCCUUCAGAGACACCAGGGUCAAAAUCCUGGAACUCCCUCUGUAAUGGUAUGGAGUUGGUGGGGGUGGUGUGUAGCGAUUCAUGAAGGUAGUUCACCCCUCUCACCCCUCCAGGGGGCACUGAGGGACAGGGGUGAUAAAUGCUGGGCCUCGGUGCAAUGCAGCCAGUUAGCACAGGUCUGCGUCUGUAUGCAACUCUGUCAUUGGCUCGAGGACUGAACUGGGGUAGGUCCUGGAGCUGUUCUGUCGUGUGUGACUAUCCUGUCUCCAUUUCCUUUAUUGACUGUUCAUGUGAUACCUUUAUGCCCCGAACAUCCCUCCUCACCCUGGCCAUUUCCAUUCCCAUUCCCAAAGAAAAUGGGCAUUGUUCGGAUGAGGAGGGCGCAGGUGUGAACAUUCAGGGCUCCCCGGUCGAGCUGCCAAAUGAUGGAGGGGCCAAGGAGUUGGCAGACAGCAGAGACGUGGAGCUGGAGGGGCAGGGAGGCAGCGCCCAAACUGGACAGGAGGCUCAACCCCAGGAAUCCGACGGGGAACAGGGUUUGGAGAAGGAGCUCUCUGCAGAGAAGGGGAAGACCCAUGAGAGUGAGAGACCCAAGGGGCCCGGCGAGAAAAGCAAAAACACUCUCAACAGCUUCUUUGCUCCCAGGAAGUCCUCUUCCUCAGCAGCCCAGGAGGGAGACAGAAGCUCCCAGGAACAGCCAGGGGCCGGCAGAGACCAGGGCACCCCCUCGUCGCGAGGGGGCCACACCCUGGAUUCGACCGGCAGUGGCACGAUCAGCAGGUUCUUGAAUCCCACCAAAGCCGACCCGGUAUCCGAACUAACCAACGUCUACAAUCCGUCUAAACCGCAAUACCAUCCAGUCAAGGACGCCUGCUGGAGCCAGGGUCAGAGGGUUCCAUACUUGGCAUUGGCUCAAACCUUCGAGAAGAUCGAGAGCGUGUCAGCGAGGUAGGGGACAAUUGCUCACCCCAACCCCCAUCCCAACCCCCGGGGCA